AUGGACACGGAAGCCACUCCGUUCAUCUCUGCGCGCGAGUGUGACGCAUUGAACGAUGAAAACGUGACACCACUACCAGCGUCGCAGCCGCAUGUCGUAUUCCGACUUCGACGAGAAGACGAAAAAGUGCCGUGGAUUGUCGAGUUGGUCUUCUUGCUUUUCAACGCGCAGGGCGACAUCUUGCAGGUCGCCCGUGGGGCCAACACUCCAGACACUUCAACAACCGGUCACCGCACAGCUGGUAGCCAUGCUGUUGCGUAUUUUGGCGAAGAAAACUUCCGAGCCACACGAGCCAAGUUGAAAGAGACCGACGAGCGGGAAGUCGUUCGGUUUUCCAUGACCAAAGUGCAUCCAUUCGUCGAAGUCGUGGGCUGUCUAGUCACGUAUGCGGAGGACGAAAUCGCUCGCUCUCCCCAACUCAACGCGUUCUCACUCACGUGCGAUCUCCACGCUCUUGACAGCUCUCAGGCCGAAGCAGAAGCGCAAGCGCUCGCCGCUGGUGGCAAGAGAUUCGUGUUCAAUGACAGUGGAGAACACACGCGUUUAUUGAAUAUUUAUCACGACCCGAAGACAUUAAGAAGACACAUUGGCAAACAGACGAACGUGGUGAUAUUGUGCAAACUCUUUCGACGUCACGGAAAACACCACGACUGGGCUUUCCAUGCAGCUACAGAGGAUCGAAGCAACGUGGUCGUACGGAGCGCUGUGACAGCGUCUCUGGUUGAAACCAUGCAGAUUUUCCUGCUAGAUCUCAUGCCGGAUAUCAAAAUCCCGAAUCGCAACCCGCUGUCAAGUGUUGCCGGGAUCUGUGCAGCUCUCACUUGCAACGAGUUUCUGGGUAUUGAGCGUCACUUUCCCAAAGCAGGACUGUCCAAAGUGGAUUUUACUCGCUUGUUACUGUGGGAAUUGAUGCGCGCUCGACCGAGUUUGAUGCGGCAUCUAAAUCGCGCUUCUGCUCUUAUUGGACUGUUGUUCGAGAUGUUUGAGCAGAUCGACAUUAACGGCGAUUCCGUCGUGGAUUGGGACGAAUUCACGUCGUUUUGUAUCGCGUUGGGACUUGUGGCCACUCGAGUUCCUCAUGACGAGAACGAUCACGAUCAAGGACAAAGUCAUGGAGAUAACCACGACGCUCCACCUCGAAACAUGAUAGUGUAUCGCCAUGAACCUCUGAGUAGUGGAACUGCAACUCGGACUUUUCCUUAUCAGAUCAACAAGCUUAAAAACUUCCCGCAACUCAAACGCCUUGCAGUAAUCGAACACAAAAGUCCUCGAAUCCUCUUUUUCGAUCUGGAUAUGAGUUUCCUCCACGAACUCAAUUGCAGUGAGAAACUCGCAGCCGAGAAGAAAGCAGGAGAGAAACAGCAAGACGUAUUAGACUCGUUGGAAGUUCUGGACGCAGAGCAUAUUCCAUCUCGAAAUGCUCUAGCGGUGGCAAGCAGCGACUUGUGCAUUUCAUUGUGGUCCAUUAUCGACGCUACUGUGGGCUCGUACGUCUUCAAUGGGAAACUGGCGGGACGUUUCCCCGCUCUGUUCGUCAAGUGGUGUCCUCCUCCUCUCAAGCGAUUGUUCGUUGCUGGGGGUUCGACAGAUCACGUUCAGCUCUGGGACUUGGAAGUGCCCAUGCACGCUGGAGCUGCUCCGCCGCCUCCGCCGAUGCUGCUGCCUCGCAGUCACACGGAGCGGAUUGCCGCUUGCUUAGAUCUACCGGAGACUCCGUACGUCGCGACGGCCUCUUUUGACCACACGAUCACGAUCUGGGAGACUGUGGCAGGAGCCAAUUCCGCUCUGGGGGGCCCAUCUGCUGUGCUUACAGUCUCGUUCGUGCUUCGAGGACAUCAGCAAGCCGUUUUGACACUGGACUCGGCUUAUAAUCUCUUGCUAAGCUCAGGAUUCGAGUACCAAGCGUACUGUUGGGGGAUUUCGGGACGAGUUCUAAAGACUAAGCUAGGAGGUCAUCACCAUUGCCUAAUGGGGGCCAAGUUUGUGUCCACCUCUGCAUCUGGACCUUGUCUUGUAGUCACGGGUGAUCAAAGUGGACAUUUCAAGCUCUGGGAUAUCACUCGAUGCGCCAAAGGAUUGUCGGGGAACCACUUGUCGAUCAUGUUGCAGACUUUUGAGCUUCACACGCCGAAUCUCUGUCGCUUCCGGAUGUUUAUGACGUCUCCGGCGUGCGAUAUCGUAACGGGAAAUCUGCGUCUCUAUCGCUUCAGUGCGUUCACCCAGUCGGUGGGAUCUCAGGACGACGCAGCAGUCGACGAAUCGGCGGGUUCAGCUCCCACGAGGUUCAUCGUGUUCAAUGCCGUGGCCAACACUUUCGUUGGUGCAGUUGAGAAUCGUAUUACGGUGUGGAAUGCAAAUUCUGGCGCGAAAAUUGAGGAACCAGUGACAAUCCGAGACGCCGAAGUCUGCGCGAUCACCUUCGAUAGUCCUCGCGAAAGAAAACUUUUCGUGGCGACCAACGAUGGUGCAAUUCGGCUUUACAACCCUGUGACUGGAGCUCUACUGCAGUGCUUGAUUUCGACUGGAGACGAUCGUAUGGUCUGCGUAGUGGACUCGCCACCUGGAAAGUUGAAACUGGAAGUGAUCCACUACGUGGAAAAGGCUCACAACUCCAGUAUCACGUGUUGCGCUUGCUCACCGCCACCAGCGACCGAGACACACACGUCGAGGUUCAUUGCCACAGCGGACGAUGCUGGCGGAGUGCAAGUGCACGACCUUCACCACAUCACGUUCCAGUUCCGCUGUGCUACCGUCCACACUCGAGAGAUCCGAGCUCUGCAUUUCCCAGCUGCCACACCGGGUUUCCUCGUCUCGGGUGAUGUCAGUGGUGUCAUCUUCGUUUGGCCAACAAUUGGAGUUCGAACUUCGAUCGCGCAACCUCUUAUGAGGCUCAAGAUGCAAGAAAUCACACCGUCAAGACCUGUAUCGAGCAACGUAGAGUUCGAUGGGAUCACAGCCAUAUGCUCCACUACGUCACACGACUCUCACUCCAUGCUCUACGUUGGCGUCGAAACGGGGCAAAUUUUUGCAUGGGAUCUUCAUUCUCUUCCUGUGAAAACCCAGUCGGAAUCUACAAGACGCUCAGCCAUUCGACGUCGCUCAUCUGUUUCCAAAGGUGAAAUUUCAGUGUUGGAAAGUGGAGGCAAAAGUGCCCCGUUGCCGGUGAUUCUGUCGAUUAAGUCGUGGAUGGCACACCAAGCAGGUGUUUUAUCAGUGCAAAGUGUGUCUUGGCCUGGUGAGUUGCUCUCGUUGGGUGCAGACGGCAUGGUUAAGAUCUGGGAUCGCACUGCAACUUGUGUCGGCCACAUUUUAACCACAGCAGAACAGAGCUCGGUCUCCGCUUCCGCGUGGAAAUUCAUACGUCGCGACCAGACCCCAGGAGGCCAUCAGAACGAUACUUUUGAGCGAAUUGCUCGUGAGGUUACUGCCAAGCACCAGCGUCGACUGAAAAAGGAGCUCAGAAAUGCACAUUUUCCUGAUGCGUCGAUAGCGAUGACCAACGCAGCAAACGCCCUAGUGGCACUUGUGCCGUUCUCCGUGACAUCCGUGACAUCGGGAGUGCAUCAAGGAAUUUUUGGACCGGAGGAGGCGCAACAUCUCCGAGCCAUUGCGAAAAACUCCAAGGCUUUACUAUUAGAUGCAUCGGACAAACGGAAGCGUGUCGCAGCUCUUGCGCCGUUAUUUGCUUCACCUGAAGAAAUGAUGAGAGCGCGUGCAAAAGCGAAGGCAAAAGCUCGAGCAACGAUGAACAACAGUCCGCAGAUUUUGGAUUUUCCUUCUCGAGCGCUAACAAAUUAUCCGCUGGAACUCGAACGCCGCGCUGCUGCCAACGCUAAAGCUGCAGCGAGCGCUUUACGCGCUUUAGACCCAGAGCCUUCGCCAUUUCUACGUGAAAAAUUGCAGGAUGCUGCGUCACCAAUUGUGAAAUCGACACCGAAAAAACGAUUGCAACGUCUGAUUGCAACUCCAGAAAUUGACAUUAAAAUGAGUGCAAGUGUGGUGAUACUAGCGAGGAAUGUCAAUAUCGAGCGCAAGUUGAAGUUGUGUCAGAAGAUCGUGGCAAAUGUUUGUCUCAUGAGCUCCAAGCCCAAAGUGUCCAAAGUGCGCAAUGAAAAAGAAAAACCCGGUUCUCCAGCGUCAAAUUUGCGUCAGCAGACUUUGACACUAGCGAUAGCACAAGGAAAAAACCCUUUCGGACCACACUACACGGUGAAACAAGUUGAACAGCUCGCCAUCCGACUUGCACGACUAGAUGAAGACGGCUCCGGAGAUCUAGAUCAACACGAGUGGAAGCAGUUGGCAGAGUUUUGCGGUCUCGACAGCAACGCAACAAGUAUUGACACCCUUUUCCACUCUCUCGACCGCGAUUCGGAUGGCACAAUUAGCGUCCUUUUGUAUUUUUUUUCCGGCAGGCGUCUACCGAACAGCUCCAGCAAAUGCGAGCGUUCAUUCAAACCCGGAUGA